AUGCCUCCAAAAAUAGCAUGGAAUAAAAAAAUAAGAGAGUGUAGGGAAUCACAAACCUUAGAAGAACAGUUUAAUAAACAAUUAGACUGUAGAAGGAAGGACAAAAGUUCACAUUGUAAUUUACUUUGUUUUGAACAAAGACAUGUAAUAGAUGAUAUGAUUCAUGCUUGCCAUUACUGUGGUGCAAGGUUUUGGCUAGAAGAAAAAUCAUCGGGCAAUAAAACCUGUCCAAUAUUUACUACCUGCUGUAAUAAAGUCAGCAUGGUCUUACCUUCUAUGCAUCUACCUCCGGAUGUUCUUAUACAAUUGCUCACAUCACUCACAUCAGAAAGCCAAGAAUUUCAUAAAAAUAUACGAGCCUAUAAUUCAGCUUUUGCAUUUUCUUUCUUAGGUAUAUAUAAUUUUCACAUACAUGGUGAACUAUAUCACUCUAUUGGAGGUCUUCUACCAUCAGAUUCUUCUGAACAUCCAUGCUUUGCGCAACUAUACAUUUAUGACACAGACCAUGAAACACAGAAUCGAUUGAAUAUUAUGCCAUCUUUAAAUCCAAUCAUUAUAGAAGAAUUAGCUCAAAUGUUAAAUUUAGUAAAUCCAUAUGUUUUGAUCUUCAGGCAGGUCUGUGACAUAUAUGUUAGCAAUCCUACAAUAUUACUAAAACUUAUCAUUAAAGUGAAUGGGUCUAAGGACCCACGUCGUUACAAUGCUCCAACUGCUUCUGAAGUAGCAGCUAUUAUAAUCAGUAAUGAAAACACUAAUGCUUUAUUAACUACAGAAAUACGUGAUGGCUAUACUAACGAAGCAUGUUCAAAAACCAUAACUCAGAGACAAUAUUUUGCAUAUCUUUUGCAAUGGCAUCCAUUGAUCUCUCAUGCUCUCCAUUAUACUGGUCGUUUUUUUCAGCAAUUCAUUGUAGAUGCAUAUGUCACUAUUGAACAGAGCCGCCUUAAUUGGGUUUCUCAAAAUCAAAUACAGAUUCGUGCAGAAUUAUAUCAAGGCUUGCAAGAUGCUGUUGCCAAUACGGAUGGAAAUAUGCAGUGUUCAAUGAUUAGUCAACACAUAGUUCUUCCAGCGAGCUUUACUGCAGAUGAAAAAUACUUUCUUCACAUGUUGCUUAAUAUUAUAAAAGGUGCUACUUCUUUUGAGAAUCUUCGUACUAUAAAUAGAAUUAUAUAUAAUACAUUCAAAGAAGCUUGUGAUGCAUUGGAGCUUCUUCAGAAUGACAAUGAAUAG